AACCUCUUCCCGUUCCCUAUCUCCAUUUAUAUUCCCCUCUUCGCUUCUCGAUUUCCAUGCCUGAUUCCAGAUUCCCUCACCACUUUCCGCCAUGGAAUCCAAGGAAUUCGACCUCUCCUCCUCCUCCUCUUCUCCCGUCUCCGACAGAUGGUGGUCCAAGAACACAGUAGCGGUCGUUACCGGAGCCAAUAAGGGGAUCGGAUUUGCCCUAGUUAGACGAUUAGCGCAAUCGGAACUCACAGUGAUAUUAACCGCUAGGGAUGAAGCAAGAGGACUACAAGCCGUCGAAACGCUACGAAAUGAAGGACUCCACGUUCUGUUCCGCCGCCUCGAUGUUGCCGAUCCUGUCUCCAUCAGCGCCUUCGCGGCCUGGUUCACCGCCAAUUUUCAAGCCCUCGACAUUCUUGUUAAUAACGCUGCGGUUUCAUUCAACCACAUCAAACAGAACUCCGUAGAACACGCGGAAACAGUACUGAAAACCAACUUUUACGGCGCAAAAUUACUCACCGAAGCUCUUUUGCCUUACUUUCGCUCUUCUCCUUCCAGGAGCCGAAUUCUCAACAUCACCUCUAGGCUGGGAACCAUCGACAGAGUAAGGAACAUGAAAGUGAAAGAGAUUCUUGAGAGUAAAGAUCUGGCGGAGGAGGACAUCCACGGCGUUGUGUGUGCCUUUCUGGAGGACGUGCAGAGAGGCACAUGGACGAACCAAGGCUGGCCCGCGGUGUGGACGGACUACGCAGUGUCCAAGCUCGCGCUGAACUCUUACACCAAAGUUUUGGCCAACCGAUACGGUGCGUUUGGGUCUGUGAGUGUCAACUGCUUUUGCCCAGGCUUCACUCAGACAUCCAUGACUGGUGGCAAAGGGACUCACACAGCUGACGCCGCCGCUCUCGUCGGAGCUAGGUUGGCCUUGCUGCCGCCUCACCGUUUACCAACUGGCCAGUUCUUCUCGUGGGGGCCUAACUAUGUUACACCCAAAAACUCCAAGUUAUAGCUAAACCCCCUCCCUCUCCAUCCACAUAUCCACAUAGUUUGUAUUUUCAAAAAUUGCAAUGUCACAGUGAUCUCUUAAAUGAUUUAAAGACUUAAAUUUUGAUUCUAAAUUACAGUCA